UUUCGUUCCCCACUUCCGUGUCUCUUCGUGUUGCUAACUAGUGCGGUAGUAGUGAGUGGUGGCUAGUUCUUCUUAAAAGAAUAAACAUGUCUAUUGAAGUGGAAUCCGCAGACGUGGUCCGUCUGAUUAUGCAGUAUUUGAAGGAAAACAAUCUGCACCGGACCCUUGCCACUCUGCAGGAGGAGACAACAGUUUCUCUAAACACCGUGGACAGCAUAGAGAGUUUUGUGGCGGACAUCAACAGUGGGCACUGGGAUACCGUCCUGCAAGCUAUCCAGUCCCUCAAGCUACCAGAUAAGACCUUGAUAGACCUUUAUGAACAGGUUGUUUUGGAGCUCAUUGAGCUGAGAGAGCUGGGAGCUGCCCGAUCGCUCCUCAGACAGACUGAUCCCAUGAUCAUGCUGAAGCAGACACAGCCAGAGAGAUACAUCCACCUGGAGAACCUGCUGGCUCGCUCCUACUUUGAUCCCAGAGAGGCUUACCCAGAUGGCAGCAGUAAAGAGAAGCGGCGCGCAGCCAUCGCUCAGGCCCUAGCCGGAGAAGUCAGCGUCGUGCCACCCUCCCGUCUAAUGGCUCUGCUGGGACAAUCUCUAAAGUGGCAGCAGCAUCAAGGUCUUCUGCCGCCUGGUAUGACCAUCGACUUGUUCAGGGGUAAAGCUGCUGUGAAAGACGUAGAGGAGGAGCGCUUCCCUACUCAGUUGAGCAGGCACAUUAAGUUUGGACAGAAAUCUCACGUGGAGUGUUCUAGAUUCUCCCCUGAUGGUCAGUAUCUCGUCACCGGCUCUGUGGACGGAUUCAUUGAAGUCUGGAACUUCACCACUGGAAAAAUCAGGAAGGAUCUGAAAUAUCAGGCUCAAGAUAACUUCAUGAUGAUGGAUGAUGCUGUGUUGUGUAUGUGCUUCAGUCGUGAUACAGAGAUGUUGGCAACUGGAGCCCAGGAUGGAAAGAUUAAGGUGUGGAAGAUCCAGAGCGGUCAGUGUCUGAGGCGAUUCGAGCGUGCCCACAGCAAAGGAGUAACGUGUGUGAGUUUCUGUAAAGACACCAGCCAGCUGCUCAGCGCCUCCUUCGAUCAGACCAUCAGAAUCCAUGGACUGAAAUCUGGUAAAUCGCUAAAGGAGUUCCGCGGCCACGCCUCAUUCGUCAACGAAGCCACUUUUACCCCUGACGGCCAUCACAUCAUCAGCGCAUCCUCAGAUGGAACAGUCAAGGUGUGGAACGUGAAGACCACAGAGUGCACCAGCACUUUUAAGCCUCUUGGUACAUCAGCUGGAACAGACAUCACAGUGAACAACGUCCUCCUGCUGCCCAAGAACCCCGAGCAUUUUGUUGUGUGUAACCGCUCCAAUACAGUGGUCAUCAUGAACAUGCAGGGACAGAUUGUGAGGAGUUUCAGCUCCGGUAAGAGGGAAGGCGGUGACUUUGUGUGCUGCACUCUGUCGCCCCGCGGCGAGUGGAUCUACUGCGUAGGCGAAGACUUUGUGCUCUACUGCUUCAGCACCGUCACGGGCAAACUGGAGAGAACGCUGACGGUCCAUGAGAAGGAUGUGAUCGGCAUCGCUCACCACCCUCACCAGAACCUGAUCGCCACUUACAGCGAGGAUGGCCUGCUGAAACUCUGGAGACCUUGAAGAAUAUUCAAGAAACACCUGGACUUUAUCUUCCCAUGUUUUUUUUUUUUUUCUUGGUCAGUUUGCUAUGGUGAAUCAUUCCCAUCUUCAAAUGGACUUUAAAUGCUUAGAUGUGUAAGAGAGCCAUCGGUUAAAAGAAAAGUGUACAGUUUUUUUAAGUUGUUUUGUAUCAUUAAAGCAUGGCAUCUUAA